AUGGAUCAAAAGAAAACCAGAUAAAGUAAGAAGAAGUAGAGUCCCGAGAAGAAGGAGGAAGUCUAAGAGAAGGAAGUUGUUAAAUCCAAAGGAAAAUAAUAGAAGGGUGCCAAGAAUGCUGGAGAUAAUGAAGAUAAAAAAGGAGAAUAGAAAAUAGAGAAAUAACAGGUAGUGAAGGGAGAGGAUAAAAAAGCAAAAUAAGUGCAACAAGGAGAUUCAAAAUUUGAAUUGGGGGAUGGGAGAUUUAGUACUCCAACUGUAAAAAUUGCUAGUUGGAAUGUUAAUGGAAUCAGAGCAGCUACGAAACGAGAAUAGGCUGUUAAAUACUUACAGGAUACUAAGUUUGAUGUCAUUUGUUUGAAUGAACUCAAAGCUGAUUAGGCUGUAUUUGACAAAGAAAACUUAGGCGCUUAAUUUGGAAAACAUUAUUUUCUUUAUCUUAAUUUCUGUAAGAAUAAGGGUGGAUACAGUGGAGUCGCUAUAGCUUCGAAAGUGAAACCUAUAUCCGUCAAGUGUGAUAUUGGUAUUAGUAAACAUGAUCAAGAAGGAAGAACACUCACAGCUGAAUACGAAAGGUUUUAUUUAGUUGCAUGCUAUGUUCCAAAUGCAGGUUAGAAAUUAGAAAGACUUGACUAUAGAACCAAGGAGUGGGAUGUUGAUUUCCAAAACUAUCUUGAAGAUUUGAGGAAGAAAAAACCAACUAUUCUAUGUGGUGAUCUUAAUGUAUCUCAUCAUGAAAUAGAUCUGGCUAAUCCAGCUGGCAAUAAAAAGACUGCAGGAUUUACCCAAGAGGAAAGAGAUCAGUUUACAAAUUAUUUGCAAAAAGGAUGGGUCGACUCAUUCAGACAUUUGCAUCCAAAAGAAGUCAAAUAUAGUUAUUUUAGUGCUAGAUUCAAUAGCAAACAAUCAAACAAGGGGUGGAGAUUGGAUUAUUUUAUAAUCAACAAAGAAUCUACUGAUGCCAUCAUUAUGUCUGAUAUCAAUACAGCAGUUGAGGGAAGUGAUCAUGUUCCAAUUGAAUGUGAAGUUGACCUUAGAAAAUUAUGAUAGAAAUAUUUACAAUAUAUAUAGAAUAAUAUUCAAAUA